UCGACGCUUCAUCUCCACUAGUGCAGUCGAGGCCCGAGAGUGGCGGCAGAGGGGCCAUGGCAGCCAUGGGCGGCGCUCGCUGGGGCCUUCGUCCCUGGCCCUUGCUCCUGCGCAGGGCCUUUCCAGCCCAGCCGGGCAGAGGCUGCCGCUCAGGGGCCUCGGUGGUGAGGCAGCAGCCCAAAGCCCCAGAAGUCCCCGCCGCUCAGGAGAUCACAAAUCCAACAAGGAAAGGAUUUCUGACUGAACAUGCUGCCCCUUUCUCUGCUUUCUUGACUGAUGGCUUUGGUCGCCAGCAUAAUUACUUAAGGUUCUCGCUGACGGAGAAAUGCAACCUCAGAUGUCAGUACUGCAUGCCAGAGGAGGGGGUUCAGCUAACUCCCAAAUCGGAACUCUUAAGCACCCAGGAGAUCAUCACUCUUGCCAGGCUCUUUGUGAAGGAAGGUGUGGACAAGAUCCGACUGACUGGGGGAGAGCCUCUCAUCCGGCCUGAUGUAGUAGACAUUAUAGCUCAGAUGCGCAGACUAGAAGGACUGAAAACCAUCGCAGUCACAACAAAUGGCAUCAACUUAGCCAGACUUUUGCCCCGGCUGAAGGAGGCUGGCUUAGAUGCCAUUAAUAUCAGCUUAGACACAUUGGUCCCAGCCAAAUUUGAAUUCAUUGUCCGUCGAAAAGGUUUCCACAAGGUGAUGGAAGGCAUUCAUAAAGCCCUUGAACUUGGAUAUGACCCUGUUAAGGUGAACUGUGUGGUUAUGAGAGGCCUCAAUGAAGAUGAGUUGGUGGAUUUUGUGGCUCUUACAGAGAAACAGCCCCUGGAUGUGCGCUUCAUAGAAUACAUGCCCUUUGAUGGCAACAAGUGGAACUUCAGGAAAAUGGUGAGCUAUAAAGAGAUGCUGGAUACAAUCAAGCAGAGGUGGCCACAGCUUGAAAAGCUGCCAUGUGAAGAAGCCUCUAGCACUGCCAAGGCAUAUAAAGUACCACAUUUCCAAGGACAAGUCAGCUUCAUCACCUCGAUGUCUGAGCACUUCUGUGGAUCCUGUAAUAGACUUAGAAUCACAGCUGAUGGGAACUUGAAGGUGUGCCUUUUUGGAAACUCAGAAGUGUCCUUGCGGGAUCACCUACGAUCUAAUGCCUCAGAAGAAGAAUUGAUUCAAAUUAUUGGUGGAGCUGUUGGCCGGAAAAAGAAGCAACACGCAGGCAUGUUCAACAUUUCCCAGAUGAAGAACAGACCAAUGAUCCUCAUUGAAGCAACAUCGAGGUCAUUCCCAUUGCUCCAAGAUCCCCUGCAGAAACAACUAAGUUCAAGUGACUGCGACCAGAGUCUUAGCCACUGGUUGACUCUGAGAAGGGGUUUAUCCAAACAGAUGGGGAAAACAUUUAAGAAAAAUGUGUUUACAGGACAUGAUGCCUUGCCAGGUUCUUGUUCAGCACGACAGCUUGCAGCAGGAAUUCAGCAAGCUCAGCUCAGUAGCAGUUUCCUUCUCCAAAAAAUCUUGAGCUCCACUUUAGACACAAAGUGCCUUUGGACAGGAAUUCUUCUAUCCAAGCAGACUCCUUGUAUGAUUAGAGGCCUUCACUCUGGGAUGGUGAAUAACCAAGCAGAGAAAAAGAUGUGUCUUCCAGCUGCCAAAUGUCUUGGUGCUUCUGAUCAUCUAACCCACGUUAGUGACAAGGGCCGUGCAUCAAUGGUGAACGUGGGCAAGAAGCCAGACUCAGAAAGGACUGCAGUGGCUAGUGCUGUGAUCCGUUUGGGUGAGAAAGCUUUUAACCUGGUGCAGCAGAACCAAAUGAAAAAAGGGGAUGUGCUGACAGUUGCCCAGAUAGCGGGGAUUCAAGGAGCCAAGGUGACCAGUCAGCUGAUCCCACUGUGCCACAACAUCCCACUGAAUCUGGUGGAAGUUGAUCUGAGUCUGGAUCAGAGCAAACAUGCUGUGGUGAUCCGGGCUCUGUGCUGCAGCCACGGUAAAACGGGUGUGGAGAUGGAGGCUUUGAUGGCUGCCAGUCUAGCUGCCUUAACAGUAUAUGAUAUGUGCAAAUCUGUCACUCACGACAUGGUCAUUGAAGAGGUGAAACUGCUCAGCAAGGAAGGAGGACAAAGGGGAGAUUUCCACAGGAACUAAAGACAGAGGCUAAAGGUUCUGAACCAAGUGCCAUCUGCAUGACACAGCAUCAUUUUCACACACUAAGAAUUGGGGUUCCAACCAGUAGGAAUCGAGCACAAUUUGAGUUGCCACUCUGUUGCUACUGGAUUGACAGCUGUUUAAAUAACUUGUCUGUAUUGAAUUAUGUUAGGAUCAUCUCAUAGAGCAGCCUUCCAAUAGUUUCUAAAUUCCUACCUUUUAGGCUUGCUGGAAUGUAGGCUGUAUAGAGCACAAUCACUUUUCUAGUUUCUUACAAGGCUGCCAUUUCAGAAUUCAGAGUCAUUGUUUUCAUCUGCACUAAAACAAAACACUUGCACAACAGAAUAUACAUCAGAAUAAUCUGAUGUAGAAUUAGGAAUAGGAGGAAAUAAAUUUAGCGGUAGCUAGAAAUCUUUAAUGGGUCGUCAAUGAUUUUCAAUAACACAUAUGGGUCUAACAUUGGAAAAUAUAAACUGUGAGCCAUCUGACCACUUUCCAGACCUUGUGGCCACACAGAAUUGCUGUCAGCGAGCAUAUCCUCAGUUUUACUUUUGAAGAUGGAAAGCUGUUGUAUCCAACUGGUGAAAUGUAUAUUGGAUACACAAAACAUAUUCCUAAUUGUGUGCUCUGAGUCUUUAGAUUCCCAAUGGUGACAAGUACUUAUGGGACACAUCUUGCACAAACAAUUGGCUGCAGAGUUGUGCCUAGCAUAGCUAAAUAUUUCACUUCCUUCUAAUAUGCCGCCUUUCUAGAAAACAAUCUUCUUUAUAAGUGCUAGACUUAUUUUUCAUUUGCAGAUACUAAAAGGAGUAUUCUGUUUGGCUGCACAUACUUCUUGUGCAGAAACCUUUCCUAUAGUGGUUUUCUGCCAUUUCUUCAAAAUGUUAUCAAUUUUUUAUCUGGAGUCUCUUCUGUGUUUUUGCCUGCCAUGUACUUCAUGGUAGUGUUCACUAGAAUUGUAACAAAACAAGAACCUCACAGUUUUAAUCACUUUGCAAAAAUUCAUAUUUAUAUUCUAAUCUAGUUUAUUCCAAUGUUUGGUUAAGAAUGCUCUUGUAUGUAAGGACUUUCAGAUGCAACCCAAAGCAAUUUUGCAUUGGCAAGUUAAUUUUGAGCAUUGUUGCCUUAAAAUUCAAGAGGACAUAGGAUGAAAGGGCAUCUUUUCCUCCUCUUCUACAUGUGUUGCUUCUCAGGCUCACACCUGAUCACCCCUCCCUUCAUUAUCUGUCCCCUUUUCUACAUGCACAGAGACUGAAUUAUUGCUUCAGCUUCAGUAAAAAGUCCCCUAAAAAGUUGCCAUUGAAAAGUUAUAAUUUUUAAAAGCUCAAAAUUUAAAAUCAUGUCCUUUUCUUUCUUGGACAUGGUUAAAAGAUAUGGCUGAAGUUUUGUUUUAAGCCUUGCAACCACGUUCCUGCUUAUUCUCCUAGGUUAUGUUUUGAAUUUCAUUCAGAUUUUCAAAUUAGGUUGCAGGGAAUGUUUAGUGUUAAGAGACAAAAAGUAGUGAAGAAUGCCUCAAGUUUUGGACACAAGAAAGGAAUGAGAAGGAAACUCAACUCCCACUUCAUUAGAUUGGGCAGAGAAGUUGACCUUGUAACUUUCCAGUUGCCUUUGUGUGCACUUAUAUCAGGGUGGGCAAAGUGCAGCCCACAGUCCACAUGCAGCCCGUGGUAUUGCCCAGAAGCCCCUCCAGAUAACCCCUCCACUUUAAAACUUCAGGGGUUUUUUGCACCCCAGAUCUCAUGAAAACUGCCUUAAAAGGCAACAGUUUGCUCUUCUAACUGCCCUGGUCCCUCAAACCUCCCCAAAACAAACCAGGUGGGGGGCAGAUUGGCUAAAAGUUAGCUAAAAAGUUACCCAGAAAUGGCUUUUUAUGCUGUUGCAGCCCACCAGGUGGUUGCAAGAAGGAAAAAUGGCCCAUGUCCUGCUUGUAGUUGCCCACCCCUAACUUAUACUUCAUAGCUAUUUCACAAUCACAGAUUUCCUCCCAGGUUUUUGUAGGGUAAAGCAACAUUCCAGGAUGCAGUUUUAAGCCCUUCCUUACCUAAAUUAAUUGCUAUGUGCAGCAGAUAAUCUAAGGCUGUUGUCCUAUAGAUGCAGUUCAAAUUUUAAGCAGCAACCCACCCACACAUGAAGCAUUGGGGCAAUACAGACAGGUGGCUAGAAGCUGUCCUUGUAAGCCCUGCAUAUGAGCUGCAGCAUCUGUAUGCUGCAGCACAAAUGCACCGUCCAAAGGGAGCUGCUCUGGGUGGCUCCUUUUUGCGCCAUCAUAAGGGCUGCAACACAGUCCUAUGAUGUCUCUUCCACCCAGGGGCGCUCGGGCGCCAUUACGUCAUGAGGCUGUGCCCCGUAUAGACAAGACAGCAGCCUUGUGACAUAAAGGCGCCGAUAUUAAGGCUUGGUGCAUAUGGAUGGUGCGCCAUAUCGAGACAUAAUAUCAGUGCAAACGGCCUGCCUGUACUGGGCCUAUGAAUGCAACGCUAUACCACCUGUUGGCUUCCUUUCUUCUCCUUUUUGCAUAUUUUGGUGCAUUGGGACAACUGCAUAGUUGCUGAAAUAGUGCUGUAAGAAAAUAUUGACCUGAUUAUUUACAGCUUGCUUUAGAACUAUAUCUAUCUAUAUAGGUGUUCCUGAUAUCUCUAACUAGCUGGACCAACAGUAUCAUAGAAUCAUAGAGUUGGAAGAGACCGCACGGGCCAUCCAGUCCAACCCCCUGCCAUGCAGGAAAUCCAAAUCAAAGCAUCCCCAGCAGAUGGCAAUCUAGCCUCUGCUUAAAGACCUCCAAGGAAGGAGAUUCCACUACACUCGGAAGGAGUGUGUUCCACUGUCGAACAGCCCUUACUGUCAGGAAGUUCUUCCUAAUGUUGAGGAGGAAUCUCUUUUCCUGUAGCUUUCCUGUAUCCACCAAGUCCACAAAGUUUGUUGCAUAAAUGGUUCUUUAACAAAAUGUAAGGUAGAUGGAAACCAAAUAGAAUGCAGAAAAUAAUAAAAUGGGCAGGCAACUGGUUUUAGGUAUGGUUCAAUUUUUGCCAUUUAGUAAUAUCAGAAGGCCUCACAAAGCCAAGAAUGUUUUUAAAAACACCCCAUGAAUGAUCAGAAGUAAGUUCUGGCUUUGAAAAACCGGUUUUUAAAUUUUAAAUAGUACAAAUGGCCUUUGGAACCCACGUAAAAGGUGAAUUGCCACUCUUGAAGGGAAUUUCUUUGUGUCUUUUCUCUUCUUUUGGCCAGAAAAGGGGGAAUCUGGGGAGUCAAAGACGAGAAAAGCAGACAGGGGGCUCAUGUGACCUACUUUGCUCACACCUUUGGGAAAAAUACCCCAUCCUUUUUUUUAAUUUCACUUGUCUUUGAAUUGAGCCCCAUCAGUGGUGCUUGCUUUUCUCAUUUACUGGCAAUGAAUUAUUGCUGCUUUGCACUUAUGUGUAUUUUACCUGUACAGUAAUGAUUUCACAUUAGGGAAGAUGAUGUAAAGCAGCCGAAGUGCUAUUUUUACCAUGGGGGCAUUCAUUAUGUGGUCAACAUAGUAUGCAAUAGUUAUUUCUGUGUAAGAAAAAGUGUAUUGUCCGAAGCCACAGUUAGACACAAGGUAAUGUAGUUUGCAUUUCUUACUCAGGUGCUGGUGUCCUGAAACUGCUGCAUCAGAAAAUAAAUACUCCAGGUAGCGUAUUAUGAGAUUAAAAAUCUGCAGGAUCUGCCAUAACUGUAUUCUAUGUAUCAUAUUAUGAAACUAAUCAGCGGAACAAGAUUACAGCUGGGGCUUGUUUCAGCACAUUCACAGUGAUAGACAGUGGUCUUCUGGUGCAGGAAGCCAGAAUGGUCUUGGGAUGUUAGAAUAAUACUCAACUCCUAUAAGAAGUUAGUAUUAAAAGGAAUUUUAUUUGGUAAGAUAGUUGGUUUGGCUUGGCUUUUAUACCUUGAGCAAUAUUUCACUUACAAACUUAAAGGGUAUGAAACUACCAAGACCAAUCUACCAAAUAUGAAAUAGUCCCCCUCCCACCCCCCUUUUUUUGUAAGCUAUGAAAAUUUUCUUCUCUCAAGCCUUUUUCAUUUCUUUCCUAAAUGCACUGGCAUGAUUUCAUUCUAAAGGGCUUAAAAUCAAGAAGUUUUUUAAAAUGCUGGCUCUGAAUAUGCUGUAUUGAUUUCUGCAAAAUCUGUGCAGUAAUUCAUAACAGGGUAUGUAGAUAGGAAGCUUUUGAAAACUGAAAUUGUCCUUAAGUUUGCCUGUGAAUGAAUUGAUUAGUCUACAUGCUUAUGGGUUUGGCAAGAUUUUUUUUUUUAUCCCUUUGUGGACUGAGUUUUUAAAAACGUUGUAGUGCCAAAACAGAGCACAAUAUAACAACCUCUUGGCUCUACAUGUUGGCAUGUGUUGGGUCAGAAUUAUUUAGAAACAAGAUUUAUGGAGGUAUUGGGAUGGGUGUGUGCAUACACUGUUCUACUCUUUUUAUAAUAAAGAACAAUUGUGAACAGUU